CUUAUCAAAGGUCCCCCUUAAUUUAAGUUAUCUUGGUUUUGUUUUGGCAGACUUUGGAUAUCUGUGUCAGGUUUUAAAACCGUUUCAGUUUUAACUACAACUCUAGACCACUAAAGAUGUUUAUUUGGCUUUCUUUGUUCGUCGUCCGUUGUUCAGCGUUUGUACUCGACACGGUUAGCAAUGACCAAUGUUUAGCUCCACCUCCUUGCUACUGCAAAGCUUCAAGUGUCGUCUGCGACGGAUCGGGUCUUAGCACGGUUCCAGAUUUCAAAAUAUCGGAUCGGGAGUAUCCAAGGCUAUUAGUGAAUUUGAAUUAUAACAAUAUUAGAGAAAUCGACAACACUUCUUUCACUAAUCUGUACACAACUAACGCUUCAGAACUGACGAUUUACCUGUCGAACAAUGAUUUGUCAACAAUUAGUGACUCGGCUUUCAGCAUGGUGACGUCAAUGAUAACUUACCUAAAUCUGAAAAAUAACAAUUUAUCUGAGAUACCGAAUGUAUUGGGAACACUGCCGAAUCUUGAAAAUCUGGACCUAAGGGGAAAUCCAAUACGGUCCAUGGCAGUUCCCGUAACAUUCGCAAUAAGCAAGUCAAUAAAAUCCCUCUCAAUCAGCUUGAACCUGUUUUCAUCAUGGCCGAAGGAACUUCAUUACUUCAGACUGCUUUCAAGACUUGUCGUUGACGGGUUCCAAGAAAAGCGAUUUCCGCUUAACGCAUUGACAGGAAUAGAGACAACCUUGACCUCACUGGAAAUUUCGAACUCUCGACUGGACCGUAUACCGUCAGUGGUUUGUCAUUUACCGCAUUUACGUAGAUUAUCGUAUACUUCUAACCCAGAAACAAAAUCACCAAUCUUCGAACCCUGCAACAGGAACGUUACUUCGUUGGUAUUCCUCAGUGUAAAGGGCAACAAUCUUACACAUUUUCCGGAUGUAUUUAACACGUUUGUGUCUUUGGACUACCUCGAUGUGGGCGAUAACCAGAUCAGAACCAUUGAUACUGAUCUAAUUCCCCUUGACAACUCCCUCACACAUCUGAAUUUAUCGUACAAUCAUCUAAACAGGAUACCUACCGCCGUAAACCGCUUCGCAGCUCUGAAAUCACUAUACAUCGCCGGAAAUAGAAUAACCUCCCUUGAAGACAACGAUUUAAGUAAUUUAACACAUAUGAGUGUAUUUCAGCUAGAAAACAACCCUCUAGAAUACAUUUCCAACAACGCUUUCAAGAACAUUCAAUCGCUCGCGAUACUCAACCUUGAGUCUACAAAUCUUGACGUCAUACCAAAAGCCCUUACUUCACUGGCUAGUAUCAAUCGUCUUUCCCUUGAAGGCACGCCUAUUCAAUGCACGUGUAAAAUGGAUUACCUGAAAUCAUGGGCAAACAAUUCAAGCCGAAUCUACGGAACAUGUGAAGGGACAAUGGAAUCAUUAUCCAGUUUCAUAACCACGUAUCUUCCACUUUGCCCUUGAUUUACUGUAGUUGACUUAAAGCAUUUAAAUGAAAAUUACCAAAGAUAAAAGACA